CCUGUGGAGCUCCGCUAGAUACAUUUCUGUAGAGGGUGGUAUUCCUAGCUUUUAGCUUAGCCUUUUCUGAAUUCGGAUACUAAAAAGCCAUUUGACAGAUUCGUUUUAAUGUUUUUGGGUAAACUGCUUUAUAUAAUAAUUUGUAGUUAGUUUAGCUCAAUAAAUGUGUGAUUCGAACUGUUUGAAUUAAUAAUAAGCCGUAAUGGAUGCCGUGAACGCGUUCAACACGGAGUUGUUCGCUAUGAUCGAGAUGAAGCCUCCAAUAUCCCGGGCUAAAAUGAUGUCUGUUACCAAAUCAGCUAUUAAAGCCAUUAAGCUGUACAAACAUGUUGUCCAGAUUGUUGAAAAGUUCAUCAAGAAGUGCAAGCCAGAAUUGAAGGUUCCUGGUCUAUAUGUGGUUGAUUCCAUUGUCCGCCAGUCACGCCAUCAGUUUGGUGUUGAAAAGGAUGUUUUUGGCCCCCGGUUUUUAAAGAACUUCACAGAUACUUUCCGAAACCUUUACUGCUGUCCGGAGGAUGACAAGAAUAAAAUUAUCAGAGUGCUAAAUCUCUGGCAGAAGAAUGGUGUGUUUGAUAUGGAGAUCCUUCAGCCUCUAAUGGAUAUGGCCAAUGGCACUGUUGUGCCACAUUCUGCUGCAGAAGUUCCUGUUGACCUCCAACAAGAGACUACACCUUCGACCGGUAAUACUUCAGAUGUACUGUCUGUCCUACCCACUCCAGAAGCUUUAGCUGCUGUGGCACAACUCUUUCAGUCCUCUCAUGCCCAGGAGCUGCAGAGGAUGCUCCAGAACUUUCAGCAGGCUGAAAGGACAGUUGGAACAUCUACAAUUGCAAAUAACAUAACAAACCAACAUCAGAUGCCAGUAGCCCAGCCCAACCCAAGGACUGAUACUGUAAAGAAAGGUUCUUUAGCUGAGAAACUACUUGACCGAUUUGACUAUGAUGAUGAACCUGAGGAUAUGGCAGUGUCAGAAGGCAACAUUCAGACACAAGGUAUACCUGAAAACAUGUCAAACCAGUUUCCCGUUCAGAUGUUAAACACAGAUGCUAAUAUGUUUGGCCGGACUAGAGACAUAAAGCAUAGUGAAGGAAUGAGUCAUGUUGAGCAAAAUUUGACACCCGAUGGAUUUAAUUCUGUGAAAGAGUCUGAAUCAUGGGAAAACUCAAGAGAAAAUUCUUCGUUGAAGCAGGAAGGGAGAGACAGAGACUAUGGUGCGAGGUCCAGAUCUCCUUCUAGAUCGCCAAGGAGAAGAAGAUCAAGAUCUUUAUCUCGCUCAAGGUGGUCAAGGCACAGACGCUCUCGCUCCAGAGAACGCCGCUGGAGAUCUCAUGCUAGUUCAGAGGACCAGAGUGACAGAGAGAAGGACAGAGAACGCAGACAGAAAGGUCUUCCCAGCUUAAAGAGCCAAACUCUCAGCGUUUGCAGUACCACACUUUGGGUUGGGCAGCUGGACAAGAAAACCCAGCAAUCUGAUGUAAUGUCCCUUUUAGAAGAAUUUGGUCAGAUUGAGUCCAUCAAUAUGAUUCCUCCGAGAGGUUGUGCCUAUAUUGUUAUGGUUCACAGACAAGAUGCUUAUAUGGCCUUAAAAAAACUCAGUAAAGGGGCGUACAAAGCCAACCAGAAACCUACUAAGAUUGCUUGGGCUUUAAACAAAGGUAUAAAGUCAGCACACAAAAAGUUCUGGGAUGUGGAACAAGGGGUUACUUACAUUCCUUGGAGCAAAGUCAAAGGUGAAGAGUUGGAGAGCUAUCAGGAGGGCGGCAUGCUGGAUCCAGAAACCCUAAAUCCAGAGUGGAAUACUGCCAAAGAAGUUAAGAGCCAGGCAGCUGUAAAUGGAGCAAUGGAAAUAGUACCAGAUGUGGCUGUCAGUGCUCAUGUUCAGAUGCCAACAGUUCCGCAGUGUGAACCGAUUGGAAGUCCGUCUGCUUUUCCGGCCCCCAUCAUGCUUUCCCCGUCGUUACCUCCUAGAGGAGCUCCUUUCUCACACACAGAGUUUGAUGCCACACAUCAAGUAGGAGGAAAUUUCGAAGCUCCAGUGGCGUCCACUGCAGAUCCUACUGGAGCCAAAGAUCACUCCUCAGCUGCUGACAGCCAGCUGGGUUCUCCAACAGGACAGGUUAUGAUGCUGCCAAACCCUGCAGUCGUGCAUGGUCCCCCCAGACCAGGAAUGCAGGGCCUUCCCAGACCGGGAAUGCAUGGUCCCCCCAGACUGGGAAUACAGGGUCCCCACAGACCGGGAAUGCAGGGUCCUCCCAGACUGGGAAUGCAGGGUCCCCCCAGACCGGGAAUGCCACCUCUGCAGCCUCCCCUUGGCAUACCAAACCCUCAUAUGCCUCCCUUUCCUGGUCCACCAAACAUGCAACGCAUGCCCUCGCAAAUGAUGCCAGGAGGGCCGAUGUUUCCAUCAGAUAGAUUCAGAAUGCCCAUGCCCUUCCCUCCUCGGGGCCCUCCUUUCCAACAACAUCCAUCAAUGGGACCAGAGAUUAUGAACGAUGGGGAAAGGGGGCAUUUCCGAGCUGUUAGACCAGGAUUUGGACGCCCACCAUUUCAAAGAGGGAGGUGGUAGAAAAUGGCUUGAUUAAACUAAAGCAGCGUCUGUAAAACAACUCUUGAGCACCAGGGGGAGCUAUAGCCCCUGUUCAGACUUGUUCCCUUUCUCCGUUUCCAACACUAACAAAUAAAACACUGCGUCCCUAAUCUGCUCCUGUAAGUUUACCAGAGAUGUUUCUUGUUUGGUUGGUUUUAGGUUUUUGCUGUAUAAAUUGAACGUGUGUAUAUAUUCAACUUUUUGUAUAUUUCAGUUUAUAUAUGCUCAACUUUGUUGGGAGGACUUAGACAUACGUUUUGAACAGUCAGCUUUUGUCUUCUGAAGAAAAAAAUGUUCUAUCUGUUUUUUUAGAAACUGAUAUAUUUCAUUGUAAAAUAAUAUUAAUAAUAAUAAUAAUAAUAAAAAAUUGAAGCUUUCAUUCCCGGCCAGUAGAGGGUGGAAUAAGCCCAAAUACUUUUUGAAACCUCUGUGACGCAUUGAAGUCACAACUUGUAAAAAUAUGCACUAUGAAUAUAGAAUGUCCACCAUUUGCUAAUGUUUUAUUGUGUGUAUUUACAGUUCUAA